CCCUAUUGCCAGUCUCAACCGAACCACAACCACAUUCUUCGGCUGAGCUCAUGUGGGAAUAACCUCACCCUUUCUCAUGGUGGUCCAUCACAGUGAACAGCUUGAUGGUGAGCGGUGCAGCUACGACAGCGGCACCGCCAAACAGACUUUUGGUCAUUGCGGUGCCAAAGACGUUGAAGGCGUUCCUUAGCAGCUUAGGGUGAAUUGCCAGAAAACAGGGUUCCUUACUCAGGCGACGCUAAGAGCCCCCCCCCCGGUUACAGCAAUUUGCUCUUGGGAUGUGCUCCACCUCCACCUCCAAACCUCUCCUCUCCUUUUUUCUCGACGUCCACCCAUUCUGGAGGAAUAGGUUUUAUCACGACGACACUCAGUUUGACGGUUUGGUUCUUGUGCUAUCUGCUGCCUGGAAUACCUCGCUCUCUUGUCUCUCCUUCCUCUCGUCCCCCGCACCCGUCGCACCUUCCUCCUCCUCCAUCGAGCUCCAACCUCGACCUCGGCGCCCACCCCCCAAUUCUCCAGAUCGAUCUACACCCACAACCGCCUCACACCUCCGCCAGAAUGUCCGCGAGUGCGCAGAGCCAGCAGGGCAAUUUGGACCGAUACGUGGUAAUCCACGUCGCGACUACCUGCGAUGAGCAUGGAGUCUAUGUGACCAAGGAUUCUGCAGAAGUCAUAGAGUUGGGAUGGAUCCUUCUGGACGCAAAGAGCUGCGAGGAGGUGAGCUUCCCCUGAGACUGCUCCGCGGCCAAUUACCCUUCGAGAAGCUCUAGCUAAUGGUCCUCCAGCUUCACCGUGAAAGCGUGCUCGUCAAGCCGAUCAACACCCCGAUCACUCCUCUCUGCAGUAAGUGCCAGACCGCACACCAGUAGAAUGCCAAUAUAGCGAAUUGAGAUCGGGCAUACUGGCCGGCGGGUUUUGUGGAGCUUCAUCGCUGACAUUCACUGCUUCUAGCCAGCUUGACAACUCUCACUUGGGAACACGUCCGCAAUGUGGGCACCUUCCGCGAUGCAAUUAACCGCUUCGAUGCAUUCGCGUCGGAAUAUCUGACCUCGCAGAACCUCGACUUCUCCUUUGUCACUCUCGACUCUUGGGACCUGCGAGUCCAGCUUCCCCGAGAAGCUCGCGAUAAGGCAGUUGUGCUCCCACCCUACCUCCAACACUCCCGAACCUUCGAUCUGAGAACCGAAUACCAGCGUUGGCAACAACACCACCCGGAAUCCCUGCCCUUUGGAGCUUCGAUGUUGUCAAACAUUUGUGCUGCUCUCGAGGUGGAGCCAGUUCAAGCGAGCGCACCAAUCAAACACAACUUGCCAUUUCAUUUGCAGGCACUUGCACCAGCAUCACCUAGACGAGCUAUGGAAGAAGCGGUGACACUGGCAAGAGUCCUCCGUGGAUUGAUUCGAAAGUCACAACCUCCCCAUGAGCAUCCGGAUGUUCUUACCAGGCCAAUGGAUGCUCGAGCUGAUGUUCGAGCAUUCCUGUCGGAGCGUAGCAAGGUACUACACAUGGCUGGUCUUCCCCAUGAUACAACUCAAUCCGAGCUUGAAAGUUGGUUUACUCAAUUUGGUGGCCGACCAAUUGCUUUCUGGACCUUGCGUACUCCGGAUCAACAUAAACCUACUGGCUCUGGUUUCGCGGUGUUCUCAUCACAUGAAGAGGUUAGCAAUUCAUCCCCUACCCAUCUUAAACUCUACUGCCGAGCCUGUGAUUUCUAUUUGAACAUUGUCGAGGCAGAAUAUGAGUACAUUCUUAUUCUUUAUGAAAAACUCAUGUCCUUUCCUCUGCCUGCGCUCAUCAAGUUUUUCAAUUUUCGAGGCCAUUGUCUAACACCCUACCAGGCUGCUGAGAGCUUAUGCAUGAACGGACGCGCAUUGAACGAAAAGGCAAUUGAGGUCUCUCCUUCCUCGAGCCGGGUCUUGGAUAGAGCUGCCGAAAUUCUUACUCCUUUCCCACCCAGCAAGAACCGACCUCGCCCAGGAGAUUGGACCUGCCCAUCAUGUGGUUUUUCUAACUUCCAACGUCGUACAGCAUGUUUCCGCUGUUCUUUCCCCGCUAUGAGCGCUGGGCCAAGUGGAGAUGCUAUGGGAGGCUAUGGUGGUGGUGGUUAUGGCUACGGUCCUCCAGCAAUGAUGCCACCUCCUCAGCACAUAGGUCAUCACGGUGGAAUGGGUGGCAGUCACGGAGGUGGUCGUAUGGGAGGCGGUGGUGGAGUAGUUCCUUUCCGAGCUGGUGACUGGAAGUGUGGAUCAGAAGGUUGUGGUUACCACAAUUUUGCGAAGAACGUUAGCUGUUUGCGAUGUGGCGCUAGCCGAGCAGGCGCAGCGGUUGUUGCCGAUUCUGGAUAUCCUUCCCCUAUGGAUCCUCCUUCGAACUAUGGUAUGGGCCCUGGUUCAAUGGCUGGUACACCCGGUCCAGGCCCAUUCUCUUCGGCAGCUGGUGGUUUCGGAUCCGGCGGUGGAUAUGGCGGUCAACAUUUUGCUGGUCCCCCAAGCACUUACGCUCUUCCUUCCGGCCUCGGUGCUUCUACUGGUCCAUACCCAUCUGUCAACACUCACUUUGGUGGUCCUUCUGGAAGUGCUCAUUCGGCUGGCCCUUUUGAUAGCCGUGCUGCCGAAGCCGCCUUCCAAUCCGCAAGCAAUGGACCAGCAUCUGCUGGUGGUGCCGGUGCAUCAAACCAAUUUUAUGGAAACAACCAGGGUGAAAGUGACCCAUUCGCUUUCCUCUCAACCGGCCUCGGUAACCUGUCCAUGAGCAGCGGUGAUGCCCGUCAAAAUGGCGGCUCAGCUCAGCUUAGUGCUCCAAGCAAGUCUCCUGCUUAG